ACGGCCGGUCCGUGAAAAAGAUGAUUGUCUGGCUGUCACUGAACAUACAGGAGACACAAAGACGGGCGUGACGUGGUGGGGAAGAAGGGACAGGAGAAUGGAGGGAUGAAGUUUGGGUGACGAAGGGUGUUUGGUGCAACGAAACCUGAAAGGUGGAGAGGAUGAAUGAGGUAGAGAGCAGGACACAGAGCGGGAUGGAGGGAUGAAGAAAGCUGAUGGAGACGGCAGAGAGAACAAGUGUAAAGCUGGUGGAAUGGAAAAAGGCCUGGUUGUAGUCACCAGUGCCGUGGCGAGAGUGUGCGUGUGAGGCACCCAUUUGUUUUUGGCCGUGUGUGAAAUGUGUGUCUUUAGAUACAGGCAGCAUUCCUCUAGAGAUAAACCCCUCUGGGCCCCGUCCCCUCAACCCCCACCCUCCUCGGUCUCUCCACCCACCGUGCUUACUCAAGUGUGUGUCCGGGCGUGUGCGCAUGUAUGUAUGUAUGUGUGUGUUGGUGUUUACGCUGGACGGGGGUCUGCGUGCCCUGUAACGCAGCACUUGGAGGGGGCAACAGAAAAGACAGCUGUGCGUUUCAGAGGCACAGAAAGCGUAAGAAAGAGGGAGUGGAGGGCCAACAGGCAUGCCAGUCAAGACCGUCACUUUUGGAGCAGAUGCUGGCAACAGUUUUCUCCGAGCGGCCCGUUCUGGCAACCUGGACAAGGCCCUGGACCAUAUAAAAAAUGGCAUUGAUAUCAAUACAGCCAAUCAGAACGGGCUCAAUGGGUUGCAUCUGGCCUCCAAAGAAGGCCACGUUAAAAUGGUGUUGGAGCUACUCCACAAUGGUAUCGUCCUGGAGACCACCACAAAGAAAGGGAACACGGCCCUGCACAUUGCAGCCCUGGCAGGGCAGGAGCAGGUGGUCACAGAGCUGGUCAACUACGGGGCCAAUGUCAACGCUCAGUCCCAGAAAGGUUUCACUCCACUCUACAUGGCCGCACAAGAAAACCAUCUAGAGGUUGUGAAGUUUCUUCUGGAGAACGGAGCCAAUCAGAGCAUUCCAACUGAGGAUGGAUUCACUCCUCUCGCCGUGGCUCUUCAACAGGGACACGAGAAUGUUGUAGCACUGCUCAUCAACUACGGCACCAAGGGAAAGGUCCGCCUCCCCGCUCUGCACAUUGCAGCGCGCAACGACGACACACGCACAGCCGCAGUGCUUCUGCAGAAUGACCCCAAUCCUGACGUACUCAGCAAGACAGGAUUCACCCCCCUCCACAUUGCUGCACACUAUGAAAACUUAAAUGUGGCUCAACUGCUGCUCAAUAGAGGAGCCAAUGUCAACUUCACCCCAAAGAACGGAAUCACUCCUCUGCACAUUGCAGCCAGACGGGGGAACGUGAUCAUGGUCCGGCUCCUGCUGGACCGAGGGGCUCAGAUUGAUGCCAAGACCAAGGAUGAGCUGACUCCUCUGCACUGUGCAGCCAGAAACGGUCAUGUCAGGAUUAUAGAGAUCCUACUGGACCAUGGAGCCCCCAUCCAGGCAAAGACCAAGAAUGGCCUGUCUCCAAUCCACAUGUCAGCACAGGGGGACCACAUGGACUGUGUCAAGCAACUUCUGCAGUACAAUGCAGAGAUAGACGAUAUCACACUGGACCACCUCACCCCUUUGCAUGUGGCCGCACACUGUGGCCACCAACGCAUGGCCAAAGUACUGCUGGACAAAGGGGCCAAACCCAACUCCCGGGCAUUGAAUGGCUUUACUCCUUUGCACAUUGCUUGUAAAAAGAACCACAUGCGGGUGAUGGAUCUCCUGCUUAAACACUCUGCAUCAAUAGAGGCUGUGACUGAGUCUGGCCUGACCCCUUUGCAUGUGGCAUCAUUUAUGGGUCAUCUCAACAUUGUGAAGAUGCUGCUGCAGAAAGGGGCUUCACCCAGCGCCUCCAAUGUGAAAGUGGAGACCCCUCUUCAUAUGGCGUCUCGGGCAGGACACCAUGAGGUGGCAGAGUUUUUACUGAAGAACGCAGCACCUGUGGACGCUAAGGCUAAGGAUGACCAAACACCUCUUCAUUGUGCUGCUCGGAUGGGCCACAAGGAGCUCGUGAAGCUGCUGCUGGAGCACAAAGCAAACCCCAACUCCACCACGACAGCAGGCCACACGCCCCUACACAUCGCUGCUCGGGAAGGUCACGCACAAACCGUACGCAUCCUCCUGGACAUGGAGGCCCAGCAGACCAAGAUGACGAAGAAAGGGUUCACUCCGCUCCAUGUAGCCUCCAAGUACGGCAAGGUGGAUGUAGCAGAGCUUCUGUUGGAGAGAGGGGCCAAUCCGAAUGCUGCUGGGAAGAAUGGUCUGACUCCACUGCAUGUUGCCGUACAUCACAACAACCUGGAUGUUGUCAACUUGCUUGUCAGCAAGGGCGGCUCUCCGCAUAGUGCAGCGCGGAAUGGCUACACCGCCCUCCACAUAGCGUCAAAGCAGAACCAGGUGGAGGUGGCUAACAGCCUGCUGCAGUACGGAGCUUCAGCCAAUGCUGAGUCACUGCAGGGAGUCACACCUCUCCACCUGGCCUCGCAGGAAGGACGCCCCGACAUGGUCUCCCUGCUCAUCUCCAAACAGGCCAACGUCAACCUUGGAAACAAGAGUGGAUUAACCCCGCUCCAUCUGGUAGGACAGGAAGGACAUGUUGGCAUCGCCGAUAUCUUGGUGAAGCAAGGAGCUUCAGUCUACGCUGCCACGCGAAUGGGUUACACACCGCUCCACGUAGCAUGUCACUAUGGCAACAUCAAGAUAGUGAAGUUCCUUCUGCAGCAGCAGGCCGAUGUCAACAGUAAGACAAGGCUCAGUUACACUCCUCUGCACCAGGCGGCCCAGCAGGGACACACGGACAUUGUGACACUGUUGCUGAAGCAUGGAGCCCAGCCCAACGAGACCACAACAAAUGGUUCUUCAGCUCUUUCCAUCGCUAAGAGGUUGGGCUACAUCUCUGUGAUUGACGUCCUCAAGCUCGUCACUGAAGAGACGGUUUCCAUGACGACCACUGAAAAACAUCGCAUGAGUUUCCCGGAAACAGUGGAUGAAAUACUGGACGUGUCUGAGGAUGAAGGAAUUGCACAGCUAACAUUAGGAGAGGAGCUCUUGGGGACAGAAGGGGCCAGGUACAUGAAGAUGGAUGACUUGAAAGACCAUGAUGACGAUUUCCUCUCCCCCAAGAAAUCUCUGGAGUACGAGAGAGGGCUGGGCACAGCGAAUUACUCACCAGCCAUUCCCAGGAUCCCCAGGGUCUCUCCGGAGACCGUUAUCCUGAAGGAACACGCCAUGGAUCAGCACACUCCGCUUCCACUGCCCAAAGAAUAUGAUGAUGACUCAUUGAUCCCCAGCAGCCCGGCGACUGAGACGUCAGACAAUGUCAGCCCAGUCGCCAGUCCCAUCCACACAGGGUUCCUGGUGAGUUUCAUGGUAGACGCUCGAGGCGGCUCAAUGCGAGGCAGCAGGCACAACGGCCUGCGCGUCAUCAUACCCCCGCGGACUUGUGCGGCUCCCACCCGCAUCACCUGCCGCCUGGUGAAGCCGCAGAAGCUGACCAGCCCCCCUCCGCUGGUGGAGGGGGAGGGGCUGGCCAGCAGGAUCAUCUCCCUGGGGCCGGCCGGGAUGCAGUUCCUGGGGCCCGUGAUUGUGGAGAUCCCCCACUUUGCUGCUCUGGGUCGUGGUGAUCGGGAGCUCGUGGUGCUCAGGAGCGAGAAUGGCUCAGUCUGGAAAGAGCAUCGCAAUCGCUACGGAGACGAGGUGCUGGAAACAAUCCUCAACGGGAUGGAUGAGGAAUUAGAAAGUCAAGAGGAGCUCGGGAAGAAGCGGAUCCGUCGCAUCAUCUCCACGGACUUUCCUCUUUACUUUGCUGUUGUGUCACGAGUCCAGCAAGAAAGCGACCUCAUUGGGCCAGAAGGAGGUUUGCUGUUAAGUAAACUGGUGCCGUUGGUCCAGGCCACGUUUCCCGAGACGGCAGUCACCAAACGAGUCCGCCUGGGGCUGCAGGCUCAGCCGGUUCCGGAUGAGCUGGUUGCCAAGCUGCUGGGUAACCAGGCGAACUUUAGCCCCGUGGUAACUGUGGAGCCUCGGCGGCGCAAGUUUCACCGGCCCAUCGGCUUGUGUAUACCCCUGCCCCCGUCCUGGAGGGACAGCCCCCGAGACUCCGGGGAGGGCGACACCACCAGUCUGCGUCUGCUCUGCUCCGUCAUAGGCGGCACAGCGCCGGCUCAAUGGGAAGACAUUACUGGCACCACCAAGCUUGUGUAUGCUAAAGACAGUGCUAGUUUCACCACCAAUGUUUCGGCACGAUUCUGGUUGGCAGACUGUCCUCGUACAGCGGAGGCCGUCUCCUUUGCCAACCUGCUCUACAGAGAGCUGUCCGCGGUGCCCUACAUGGCCAAGUUUGUGGUGUUUGCAAAGAUGAACGAGCUGCGAGAGGGCCGCCUGCGCUGCUACUGCAUGACCGACGAUAAGAUGGAUAAAACCCUGGAACAGCACGAGAACUUCACGGAGGUGGCUCGCAGCAGAGAUAUAGAGGUGAUGGAGGGAAUGCCGCUUCACCUGGAGUGUUCAGGGAAUCUGCUGCCCGUGAGGAAAGCCACCCAGCAGCCUCGAUGCUUCAGCUUUCAGGCCUUCAGAGAUAAUCGACUCCCUGUGUCUGUUAAGGUGAGAGACAGCAGUAAAGAACACACUGGAUUUCUGUCUUUCCUGCGCAAGUCUACGAAAUAUGAGGACAACCAACAUGUGCUCUGUAACCUCAACAUCACCAUGCCUCCAUGUAUCAAGAUUGCUGGAAGUGAAGACCGGAGGCGAACUCUGACCCCGCUGGCUUUAAGAGAAAGAUACAGUGCCCUUAAUGAACCUGCCAUGGCGUCAAUGAGUGCCAUGGAGAGGACGGAGGUGAAGAUGGCUGUGAUUGCAGAGCAAUUGGGACUGAGCUGGGCUGAGUUGGCGCGCGAGCUUCAGCUCAGCGUGGAUGACAUCAAUAAGAUACGUGUGGAGAAUCCUAACUCGCUGCUGGAGCAGAGCUCUGCGCUGCUCAACCUCUGGGCCGCCCGCGAGGGCAAGAGGGCCAAGAUGGAGAGCUUGUACGCGGCUCUGAAAAGCAUUGACCGUAUGGACAUAGUCACCAUGUUGGAGGGCCAGCCGCCUCAGCCGGCCAGGCAAGGCUCCCGCGAUUUCACCAGACGCCGGAACAAUAGAGACAACGUCUCCCCUGGUAUGACCAAUGGUUAUGGGCUCGCGCAGGAAGAGCUUCUCUCACCGGCCUCCAUGCAGUACAGCCUGCCCUCCCCGCUGGGCGCUGAGCCUUACUGGCAGGAAGUCUCCAGUCUGGACUGUGCUCCCAUUGCCACCACAGAAGAAGACACCCUCAUGGAGAUGUCUGAUGUUCAGGUGUGGCCCUCAGGCAACAGCCCGUCCCUGGUGCCCGUGGAGGACUCCUCGCUUGAGUGCAGCAAUGCUGACGAUUCAGAAGGUCUCCUGGGGCUGCCGUAUGGAAGUCUGGGUCGGCCGGCUAGUCAGGCCAGCGCAGCCAGCGGAGGGGGUGGGGUGCUGUGUGGUUCCAUUGAGCUUCCCGAAGACGAUUCAGAGAUGGGCGUUGACUCACUCAGCACUGCGACGCCAGCCUCGCUCGGGGGCACCAUCGCUGGGAUCAAUCUUAACAGGCUGAACAAUUGUCAGGGGUCACGUGCAAGUUCGGAGGUAUCAGCAGUCACCAGUACGGCUGGUGGAGAUGGAGCUGGAGGAGGAGGAGGAGAAGGAGGAGGGACGGGCUCAGAGGAAGGGCUUUCUCUUGUUGCAGGACAGCAAAGGGUGUAUGCUCGACUGAGUGAGUCACCUGGUCUGAGCUGUGUAGCAGACCGGAAUGGCGACAGGUCAGGUAAUGGUGGAAACGGAGGGGGCGGCGGCUCUUUCCUUUCCUACCUGCAGGAGCAGACAGGCCCGGGGUGGAUCCCUGUCACUGACCCUACACAGGCCUGGGUGGGCAGUCAGCCUAAACCCAGGCAGGCCAUGGACACCAUGAUAUCAUCCGUAUGUAACGCCGUGGAUGGAGACCUGUCCCGAGCGUCCCAGGAGGCCCUUCUUCAGCCUGUGAGGGAUACGGGGCACUCAGAGAUGUUACGAGGCCACUUCAGAGGUACCCAGCCUUUUGAGAAGGGUUUGGGCUUCCCGCACAGAGUACCAGAGCCGACAGCUUGGGGCCAGGGCGAUGAGGUGGAAGAUCUUCCUGGAGAGCAUGUGAGCGAAGAACAGUUUACCGAUGAACAUGGUAACAUCGUCACAAAAAAGAUUGUGCGUAAGGUUGUGCGCAGAGGGAAGGGUUCAGGUGAGGAAGGUGUUCAAGAGGGAAGCCUGGAGGGUUCUCUGCAGGAUGCCAACGAGCUGGAGGUUGAUGCUGAGCAGUUCAUGAGCUACGCCAUCCUGGGCCGGGAAAGCAGCAAGCCCGAUACUGUGGAUGUGAAGAAGGGUGCUCAGAUAGUGAAAUGUGCCAGUCUGCGGAGAGUUAAGCAGUGAGGCAGACAGAGUGCAGCGUCCCUGCAGAGUUCUCCACAGGAUUCGACCACCUCACCAAAACCAUCCUACACGGACACAUGACCAGCAGCAGCUGACAGGAGAAGGAACACACAAAAAAGCCAGACAGACAGAAAUGAACGGCAACGUCACGACAACCAUAACGGCCAUGCACCGGAAGAGAAGGAUAUGGAUUAGUUGUAGUUUUUAUUAACUUUUUUUUUUUUUUUUUAAAGAAACCGUGGAGAAAAAAAAUACAUCUAAUACGCUUGAAGCAUGAUUUCAUAUAAAAACAAAAAACAACGGAAAAAAACUAGCAACCAAAACGUGCUUCCUGUUAUCUGUAUCAGCAUGAGUGACUGCUGCCGCAUGGCCUGUCUUUAACUACAAAAACUGGGGGAAUAUAAGGGUGGGUCAAAGGGUGGGGAGGGAUGGGAAGGACAUACAGCUGUAUGGGACAGGCAUGCAAUGUACGGUACUGGAUGUUUUUUUUCCAAACCAACAGGGGAAAAUGUGAUUAAUAAAAAGAGGAGAAGAAAAUACUCAGAAUUACAUAAUCUCUAAGCAACAGGUUACUCCUCCUCCUCCUCGCUGCCACGCUCUUCCGGCUACGAGCAUCACAAACUAGUUCUAAACCUCUCAAAGUCCAGAAAAGCUACAAUUAUCUCCCAACGAUAUCAGUGUUGUACAUAAUAUUGUAUGCACUAAAAUGCCCUACGGGACUGUGUGUUACGUGUGUUGUUUGUGUUAUAAAAUCCCUAUGCCAUGCCACUGAUGCUGCUUUUUCAGGUACAUUUUUGUUUUUCUGGUUUCUGGUCUGAACCUAUAUAUUAUUCUAUAUAUCUUGAAAUCUUUGUGGGUAGAACAUGCAAUUGUUGUGUCGCUCUGCCUGUUUUUAAAUGUUGUUUUUUUGUGCGACAGGUCCUUUGUUUCUUUGUGCUUUCAGUCUUCGCUUUUGCCAUGUCACACUGCAGAGGGAGGACAUGAUGUAAGUCAUUUACUAUACUGUGGGCUUUUGAGUGUUGGGAAGGGAGGGUUUCUACACUGAACCUGCCUCUCUGACCUUUCUUCUUCUUGCUUCGCCUUUCGGAGAAAGUGACAAAGAGACACACGGCGAGUGACACAAUAUCAAGAAACCUUCUCCAUCACCUCCCUCCUCCCCAGUGUGCCGAUCAUACUUUAGGUUUCAGUUAAUCAGAUGUCUGUCUGUCCAUAACACCCUCGCCCUAAAUCUUGCCCGUAUCGCCCCCCCCUCACCCCACCCGCACUGCUCCAGGCGGCCUCUCAGAGUAGAUGUAGCAGCCCCGUCCACCUCCAUCAAGGGGCAGGAUAUUGCCGUCAGCUCGUAGCAGUGCCUGUUUGACCUCAAAGUGCAGUAUGCGACACCACCCCACAUAUGGUGCAGUUAUAGACCGUCUCACCACCACCAGAAGAUGUCACUUCAUGAGAGUGCAGUGGCUGAAAUCCUGGUAAUAAUGUAGCACUGGUGUGAGUGAGAGAUGAAGGAAAGUGUCGCGCCAAGGGUACGAGGACGUGUUGAGCUCUGAUGUUUGUCUCCUUGCCGAUUGUUUGGAAGGUAGAAAGUCAGUCACCAAUCACUGUGAGGAGAAACUGUAAUACCGACCCGCAACUGUGAGCCUGACCCUUCCGGAAGCCUGUAUCUUGUUUCACUCCUUUUUUCUUUAUUUGUCCUUAUUUACUGUUUUAACUUUACUUCAGAAGAAGCAAUAAUUGCUUACAAAAGGGAAAGAUUGUUUGUGUGAAUGUGUUUGAUCGUGUGUUUGGGAGAGAGAGAUUUUAUGAUCAUAGUUCGUAUUCUUCCAGCUCGGGCUGUAAAUCACAGCUUUACGCUACUCCUCGCUCCACUCAGAAAUGAUGUCAGUACAUUAGAAACCCACAUCUCAUCACUUUGCCUUGUCUGGAAAAAAAUAUGAUGUUACAUUUUAGAUCAAGAUCGGGCAAAUAAUGGUGUGCCUCAUGUACUCAUCAGGGAAUGUAGGUGUGUUUAAUAUUGCUUUUAAACAACAGCAAGAAAUGAAUCCUAUUGAGAGUAAGUGCGUGCAUGUGUUCAUCAGUGCGAGAGAUUUAAAUAUCACACAGUCCGUCCUGGAAUUUGGGACGUGUCAACAUUGUGAUAAUAUCACAGGAAGUAGAAAUGCAAAUGGACAAAGAGGCUCUCAGAUUAAAACUCCAAUUUCAAUAUUUUAUUAAGUUUAUUCAACCUAAUGAGCGUACCGUCUCACAUGACAUAAAUGAUCUAUAUGCAUUUAUUUUAAACAUUAUGUUAGACUUUGAAUGCUUUAUUACGGAAAAAAAAAUGUCAGUCACAAGAACGCAAUAAUUACCCAUCAA